UAUUUUGAUUCCAGUUGAGAAGAACCCAGAAAAAUGGGGAUCUCCACGGGCAUCCUUCAAGUGUGCCUCUUCCUGAGUCAAGUUCUAGCUACAGCUUCUCAAUCAGAGUUAUACACAACACCAGGUCUGCCUGUGAGGCUGAUGGACGGAGGCCACCCCUGUGAGGGACGGGUGGAGGUCCUGUACGGAGGCUUCUGGAGCACCGUGUGCGAUGAUGACUGGGAUGAGCAGGACGCAGAGGUCGUGUGUCGCCAGCUGGGCUGUGGACCCUCCGUGUCGGCCCUGGGCGGGGCCGAGUUUGGUCAGGGUUCAGGGAACAUUCUCUGGGGUUCUGUGCACUGCUCAGGAAACGAGUCCUUCCUGUCCCACUGCCGGAACAGUGGCUGGUACAACCACGACUGCGGUCACAAAGAAGAUGCUGGAGCCGUGUGCUCAGAAGCUACAUUUUCCUUCACAAUGGAAGACCAAAGAUCAGAAACCACACUUCCCACCACAAUGGAAGAAACAACAGAAACUACAGUUCCUACCACAGUGGAAGAAACAACAGAUUGGUGGCACACAGAAAACCUUUCCUAUGGAACAGAGUCAGGUUUGGCCCUGAGGCUGGUGAACGGAGGAGACAGGUGUCAGGGCCGUGUGGAGGUCCUGUACAGAGGCACCUGGGGCACCGUGUGUGAUGACAGCUGGGACACCAAUGAUGCCAACGUGGUCUGCAGGCAGCUGGGCUGUGGCUGGGCCACAUCGGCCCCAGGAAGUGCUCAGUUUGGUCAGGGCUCAGGGCCCAUCGUCCUGGAUGAUGUGAGAUGCUCUGGACAGGAGUCCUACCUGUGGAGCUGCCCCCACAGUGGCUGGAACUCACACAACUGUAACCACGGAGAGGACGCUGGUGUUGUUUGCUCAGCUGUGCAGAUCCAUUCUACAGCCUGGCCAGAAACCUUAUUUCCCACCGCACUUGAAGAAACAUCAGCGACUUAUCCACUCUCCACAAACUGGCCAGGAACAGAGUCGGGUCUGGCCCUGAGGCUGGUGAACGGAGGAGACAGGUGUCGGGGCCGCGUAGAGGUCCUGUACAGAGGCACCUGGGGCACCGUGUGUGAUGACAGCUGGGACACCAAGGAUGCCAACGUGGUCUGCAGGCAGCUGGGCUGUGGCUGGGCCAUGUCGGCCCCAGGAAGUGCUCAGUUUGGUCAGGGCUCAGGGCCCAUCGUCCUGGAUGAUGUGAACUGCUCUGGGCAUGAGUCCUACCUGUGGCACUGCCCCCACAGAGGCUGGAACUCACACAACUGUAACCACGGGGAGGAUGCUGGUGUCAUCUGCUCAGCUACCCAGACCACGACCACCCCAGGUGAGUCUUGUUGGAAGGCCACAGGACAGAGUGACUUUUCAUGUCUCCUUGUAGGAACAGAGUCGGGUCUGGCCCUGAGGCUGGUGAACGGAGGAGACAGGUGUCGGGGCCGCGUGGAGGUCCUGUACAGAGGCACCUGGGGCACCGUGUGCGAUGACAGCUGGGACACCAAGGAUGCCAACGUGGUCUGCAGGCAGCUGGGCUGUGGCUGGGCCACGUCAGCCCCAGGAAGUGCUCAGUUUGGUCAGGGCUCAGGGCCCAUCGUCCUGGAUGAUGUGAACUGCUCUGGGCAUGAGUCCUACCUGUGGCACUGCCCCCACAGAGGCUGGAACUCACACAAUUGUAACCACGGGGAGGAUGCUGGUGUCAUCUGCUCAGCUUCACAGUCCAGUUCUACCACUGCAGAUAACUGGACACCAUCCCCCUUGACUACCACCACGGCACCUACAACUACCAGGACCACAUACAUCCCAGAUUGGUGGCACACCACAACUCCUUACUAUGGAACAGAGUCGGGUCUGGCCCUGAGGCUGGUGAACGGAGGAGACAGGUGUCGGGGCCGCGUGGAGGUCCUGUACAGAGGCACCUGGGGCACCGUGUGCGAUGACAGCUGGGACACCAAGGAUGCCAACGUGGUCUGCAGGCAGCUGGGCUGUGGCUGGGCCACGUCGGCCCCAGGAAGUGCUCAGUUUGGUCAGGGCUCAGGGCCCAUCGUCCUGGAUGAUGUGAACUGCUCUGGGCAUGAGUCCUACCUGUGGCACUGCCCCCACAGAGGCUGGAACUCACACAAUUGUAACCACGGGGAGGAUGCUGGUGUCAUCUGCUCAGCUUCACAGUCCAGUUCUACCACUGCAGAUAACUGGACACCAUCCACCUUCACUACCACCAGGACACCUACGACUGCCCAGACCACAUACAUCCCAGAUUGGUGGCGCACAACGACUCCUUACUAUGGAACCGAGACGGGUCUGGCCCUGAGGCUGGUGAACGGAGGAGACAGGUGUCGGGGCCGUGUGGAGGUCCUGUACAGAGGCACCUGGGGCACCGUGUGCGAUGACAGCUGGGACACCAAGGAUGCCAACGUGGUCUGCAGGCAGCUGGGCUGUGGCUGGGCCACGUCGGCCCCAGGAAGUGCUCAGUUUGGUCAGGGCUCAGGGCCCAUUGUCCUGGAUGAUGUGAGAUGCUCUGGGCACGAGUCUUACCUGUGGCACUGCCCCCACAGUGGCUGGAACUCACACAACUGUAACCACAGGGAGGACGCUGGUGUUGUUUGCUCAGCUGUGCAGACAAGUUCUCCCACACCAGAUUGGUGGCACACAUCCACUUCAAUAACUGCUGGGCCUCCCUCGCCCCCUUGUGGUGGCUUCUUACUCAACAGCAGUGGCACAUUUUCUAGCCCAUUCUACCCCGGAUACUACCCCAACAAUGCUAAGUGUGUCUGGAAUAUAGAAGUGAGACCCGGUUAUCGCAUCAGUCUGGGUUUCAAUGACGUCCAGUUGGAGACACAUAGUGCCUGUAGUUAUGAUUAUGUGGAAAUCUUUGAUGGCCCACUGAAUAGCAGUAAUUUGCUGGGAAGGAUUUGUAACAAUACCAGGCAGAUAUACACGUCUUCUUACAACCAAAUGACUGUCCAGUUUCGAAGUGAUGUCAGUUUCCAAAACACUGGCUUUGUGGCUUGGUACAAUUCCUUCCCGAGAGACGUCCACCUGAGGCUGGCUGGUCGCAACACUUCUGACAGCACCUGUGCGGGGCGCGUGGAGAUCUACCACAGUGGCAGCUGGGGGACCGUGUGCGACGACUCCUGGUCCAUCCAGGAUGCGCAGGUGGUCUGCAGACAGCUGGGCUGCGGAGAUGCCGUGUCUGCCCCCAGCAACGCCUUCUUCGGCCCGGGCUCCGGCCCCAUCGCCCUGGACGACGUGCAGUGCUCUGGGUCCGAGUCCUAUCUCUGGCAGUGCCGGAAUGGGGGCUGGUUCUCCCACAACUGUGGCCACCAGGAGGACGCAGGUGUCAUCUGCUCAGGAAGCCUUGUGUCGACACCAGCUCCUAACUACACCACGGCCAUCUACCCAAACACAAAUCUCUCCUGUGGAGGUUUCCUGACCCAGCCCUCAGGGAGCUUCUCCAGCCCGUCCUACCCCAGCAACUACCCAAACAAUGCCAGAUGCGUGUGGGACAUCGAAGUUCAGAACAACGACCUUGUGACCGUCAUCUUCAGAGAUGUCCAGUUUGAAAGUGGUUGCUACCACGACUACAUUGAAGUGUACGACGGCCCCUACCAGAGCUCCCCACUCCUUGCCCGCGUCUGUGAAGGCUCCAGGGGCUCCUUCACCUCCUCAUCCAACUUCAUGUCUGUCCGUUUCAUCAGUGACGGCAGCGUCACCACGGGCUUCCGGGCAGAUUACUACUCCACGCCGUCCAACCACAACACCAAGCUGCUUUGCCUGCCCAAGCACAUGCAAGCCAGCGUGAGCAUGAGCUACCUGCAGAGCCUGGGCUACUCUGCCUGGGACAUCAGCAUCGCCAGCUGGAACGGGAGCCACCAGUGUCAGCCCCAGAUAACGCCCAGCCAGGUGACCUUCACCAUUCCCUACACGGGCUGCGGCACCACCAGGCAGGUAGACAAGGACACCAUCAGCUACUCCAACUUCCUCAGAGCGACCGUCUCCAGUGGCAUCAUCACACGGAAGAACAGCCUGAACAUCCACGUCCUCUGCAGGAUGCUGCAGGACUCCUGGGUGGACAUCAUGUAUAUCACCAAUGACACAGUCGAGCUCAGGGAGCUCCAGUACGGCAACUUCCACGUGAACGUCUCUUUCUUCACAUCACCCUCCUUCACGCAUGCUGUGACGGGCAGCCCGUACUACGUGGACCUGAACCAGAACUUGCUGGUCCAGGCACAGAUCCUCCACGCCGACCGGUCCUUGUCUCUGUUUGUGGACACCUGUGUGGCCUCGCCGUCACCCCAUGACUUCACGUCUCUGACCUACGACCUCAUCCGCAAUGGGUGUGUGAAGGAUGAGACCUACCUGCCCCUCCCCUCGCCGGCGCCUCACCUUGCCCGCUUCCAGUUCAGAUCCUUCCACUUCCUCCACCGCUUCCCCUCUGUGUACCUGCACUGCAAGAUGGUGGUCUGCAGACCACACGACCCCUCCUCCCGCUGCUACCGUGGCUGCGUGGUCCGCUCCAAGAGAGACGUGAGCUCUGGCCAGCAGAAGGUGGACGUGGUCCUGGGGCCCCUGCAGCUGCAUGCCCCCCGAGUUCAGAAGAGGAGCCUGGACCUGCCCAUGACAGACGCAGAAGAGCAAGCCAGCACCCAGCAGAACACCCACACCACAGCUGUCUUUGUGGGCGUCUUCGUGGUGGCCAUGGUCCUGGCUGUGGCAGCCUUGGCCCUGGGCAGGAGCAGCCACACUGCCUGCAGCCAUGAUCUGAGCACCGAGAUGUGAACUGGGAGAGCACACUGGGUGUGCAGUGCGGCCUCCUGCGCUGGGCCCCAGGGCAGGAGGAGAGAAGGAGGAUCCCAGUGCACAGAGCCGCCAGCACCCAACUCUGUGUUCUUGUCCCUGUGUUCUUGGGCAAAGCUGGCUCAGAAAGGUGCGGUCAUGCCUUUUCUUUUCCCUAGCAAUACAGCCUGGGUGCCUCAGUGCUCAGUGACAGUCACGGUGCUGGUGCAGUAGUGACACCCGCCUGCUGCUAUGAGCCACAUGCUGGGAGCCGAAGAGCUUUCUGUAGGUAGAAGUUUCCCCUGCCUUUUUUUUUUUUUUAAAUAAAUGAGCCUUUUAUAUCUGUAGAAUA